AUGUGGCAGGUGGAAGUGUGGGUGGUAUGUGGCAGGCCUGUUCACUGUUGGGUAGCGAUGGUGAAGGGAUUGAACGAUAAGCAGUCCGGUUACUGGAUGUUCCUGGAAGGGGUGAUCCGUCCGCAGCUCGAGAAGCAACAGCGCCGGCGUAUUCCUCCCUGGGAGUUGCAGCAGCUUGGCCAGGGCCAUUGGGCUGCGUUGGGCUAUGAGGAGAAAGAGGAAUGGAAGGCUCGAGCCAAGGAAUUCAAUCGGUCCGAAAUGGGUCAGCGCGACAGAAUGCAGAAGCGUGCCGAAUAUCGACAGCGCAAGCACUCGGCCUGUCAAUAUUUUGGGGGAGUGGACGACGACUUUGAAGGAAUGCGCGAGCACUGUCUGAAAGAAUUCAUCGACCAGUAUCAGUGGAAACUCGCACGGCAAGGUUCGUUUCCCACUUCAUCCUUUGUUUUUCCGUCUCUGAAGAGCUUCAUGCGAGAUGCAUGCCAUUAUCGGUGCAGAUUUUCUCAACACUUGGAAUAA